AACUAAUUUCCACCUCAUUCAGUUGACAGAUUUAAAAGGACAGGUGCUCAGUUACGACCGGAUAAGUUACCUAAUUAUAUCGCUAUGAAGUUUAUCCCGCUCCAUACGACAAAUACGGCAAUCGUGUACAAGAACUCGCUAUGCUCCUUUGCCUCGCUUUUGGUCCUGGCCUUUAUAGCCCUUUCCGUGAUGAUUCCGGUACUGCUAGUGUCCCUGCUGAGCCCUUACUCUGGCAUUUCGGAAUCAAGGGUGCUUUAUGAACAGCCCAUUAUAGAGUUCGACUACAAGUACUUAUUCGUGGCCACCACAGAGCCAACGGAAGAAGGAGAACCCGAAUCCAUGGUGGCCUGCAGCACUUUCAGAUACUUUAAUUCCAAAAUGGGUGAUUUCACGAACAGUUGUAGUGCCUCUAAGUAUUGGACGGAAGACUUUGACCAUGACACGGUACCGGAUCGCGUACACUUUCAUCUGGAGCUGCAGGAUGUCCCCGCCCGUCUGUUGAACUUUGACCUGAUUGUUUUUUUCGAUGCCCAGCUGCAACACAAGUGCGAUCUAUCACCUCCAUCUGUGCUGGCCCAUCAACUCCAGAUUCCAGUGGCGGCUCGUCUCACCAAUGGCCGCAUUAUGAUGAAGGGAGAACUGCAGCUAAAGCAGUAUGUAGAGCUGACAUGUCCGUUUCCAGGACGCAAUAUCAAGACACAGUUCCGCAAGGUACAACUGGACAACAAUUCCUCCACGGCGGAUAUAAACCAGUACAAGUUGGAGUCAUUGCUGGGUCAGGUGAAAGCCAAUCCGGCCUAUUUCCAGUUAGCUGUGCAGGAGACCUACUACAAACCCACUUCACCUCAUUUCGAGCGCGGCCUCGUCAUCGAACUGGAACUAGAUGUCCUGCAAGUUCCCGCUCGUUACCACUUGAGCAUUUGGGAAAGACUGGGACAAUUCUGGCUCUACUUUGCAUCCUUCUUCGGAAUCUCGUUCUACAUCAUGAACAAGCUAAAGGACUUUCUGUUCGGACGCCACAUAGUCCGCUCCUGGGAGAUUAUUCCCUGGAAGAAGCUCUACUGACACCAAU